UCGAGCUGUGUGAAUGAAAUUAAACAGUCUAACACUUAACUCUGCUGUUAGUGCUCAGCCUCCAAUAACUAGCUAAAAACUAGUUAAAUAACUCUAAUUUUUUUUUACAGUUGCUUUCUAUCCUCCCCUUUGGAAAGUGGCAGCGAAUUAAUCUUCUCUUGAAAUGAAAGCGGGCGUGCUACACUGUCAAUGCCAUAAAUGUUCCUCUGUGCCUGCGAGGAAGAGGGUCCGAAAGCAUGUCUCCACUCUGGGCCUCCUGUCUUUACCUGAAGAGGUGCUGCUUUGUGUCCUCCAGUGUCUUUCUGCUGAAGACCUCCUUGUCGUCAGAGCUGUGCAUUCUCAUCUCCGUAAUAUCAUCGACAACAACUCAAGUGUUUGGGCACGGGUCAGCUUCAAGGACCGCUGGCCAGCUCCUGACACUGUGUGGCUCUUUGAGAGGGCUGCAGAGAAAGGAAAUUUUGAAGCUGCAGUAAAGCUAGGAAUUGCGUAUUUGUACAACGAAGGACCUUCACUCAGUGAUGAGGGCAGGGCGGAUCUUUGUGGCAGGAUGGCUGCAAGGUACUUCACCAUGGCUGAGCGUGUGCGCUCACCACUGGCUGAUCCCUUCAUUUGGCUUUUUAUCCGUCCACCAUGGUCACCCUCAGGGAGCUGCUGCAAGGCUGUGGUGUACGAGCAUCUCAAAGCAGAGAGUGAAAGCAAAGUGGAGAGGAGAGGAGCGCUACUACAUUGCCUGGCCAGAGUCCUUGAGCUGUCUGACGAUGAGGAGAUGCGAUUGAAAGCUCUUGCCAUGUUGGACGAGUCUUCAUGCUGUGGCAGCGUGCAGAGCUCAUACCUUCUCUGGGAAAAAAAUCGCCACACGGCUAUUUCUGACCCCGGCAGGUAUCUGCAGUGUGUGCGCACUCUCCGGGAUUACGCAGCAAAGGGAUGCUGGGAAGCUCAGUUGUCUUUAGCAAAGUCAUGUGCCAGCGGUAAUCCUUUGGGUUUGGAACCUCGAGUCUGCGCUGACCUAGUGGCUCAACUCUUUCUUUCCUGUCCAUCACCUCCAAAGCGUACUGACAGCCCACACAAAGAGGGCAUCAAUGACACAAUGCGGUACAUCCUGGUGGAUUGGUUAGUGGAGGUGGCCACAAUGAAGGAUUUCUCCAGCCUAGCGCUGCAUAUAACUGUGAGCUGCGUGGAUCGCUACCUGGCCCGACACUCUGUGCCCAAGGCUAGGUUACAGCUUCUGGGUAUUGCCUGCAUGGUCAUCUGCACACGGUACAUUAGUAAAGAAAUUCUGACUAUUCGAGAGGCUGUGUGGCUAACUGACAACACAUACCAGUACGAGGACCUGGUCAGGAUGAUGGGGGAGGUCAUCUCUGUGUUGGAAGGAAAGAUCCGAACACCCACUCUGCUGGACUACGGUGAGGUACUACAGUCUUUACUGCCCAUGCAGCACCGCACUGUUCAUCUCUUCAGCUACAUAUGUGAGCUCUCUCUGCUCUUCUCCCCCCUCACACUGCCUGGUCCUGCUCGCCUUGCCAGUGCCACCAUGAUGCUCACCCGAGCAUUGCACAACUACACUCCUGUAUGGCCGAGUCAGCUGGUGGAGUGCACAGGCUUUUCCAAGCAGGACCUGGUGCCCUGUGCUUUGCUGAUCUAUGUCAAGUGCUUCAGCCAAGAUGUGCCAAAAGAUUACAGACAAGUGUCUUUGACUGGUGUUAAGCAGCGGUUUGAAAGUGACCCAUACCAACACAUAAGCAAAGAAACAGUAAUGGACUUUAAAGAACUCUGCCAGGUGCUGGAGGUUCCAGAGGUGGAGCCCCAAUUUGAGCAUCCUAGUGCUAACAGCCAGUCAGCAGACAUCCACACAUUCCUAUCUUCUCCAUCCAGCAACAGCAAGAGGAGAGAAGAGAGCAUGCAUACACACAGAGGAUCCUUUGUAGCCACACCCACAGCUGAGCUGUCCAAUCAAGAGGAGUCGCUUGUGGGUGACAUUCUAGACUGGAGCCUUGAUGCUUCCUGCUCAGGCUAUGAGGGAGAUCAGGAAAGUGAUGAAGAAAGAGAGUGUGAGGUCUCAGUCUUCCCAGUCCAGCUACCACUGUGUGUGCAGUCUGCUGAUGUACGGUGCCACUGCAGUACUUUCUCUAGUGAUGAGGACAACACGGGUGAGCCUGCCGCCUCCUGCUCUUCCUUUUCCUCCAAACGCCCGCUCCGCAUCAACCUCCACAGUUCUGGAUACUCUUCUGUCCAGAGCAGCAGUCCUUCCACAGCCUCUUCUUCCUCCCUGGUGCACUGCCAUCUAUCCCCAGUCAACCUGGCGCCAGCAUCACUCCAAGCCUCGCCCGGCUUCCGUCUUCUGGUGCCCAUGCAGAGACCCUCUGGCUCCAACCAACGGCAGGUGAAGAGGAAGAACACGGCAGCCCACAGUGGUGAAGAGGUGGAGAUGGAUAGGGAAGAUGAUGAGAUCUCAGAUGAUAAACAGGUUUUCUUCAGCUUGUGACAAAACUGUUUACUCCAUGUUUGAGAUUAAGGGUGCCACUGUUACCUCAAACGGCAGCUUUCCAAACCUUGUUCCACUGUGAGCCUUAGAGGAUGCUCCAAAAGCAUACAUUGCUAAAAAUAAGAAUGCAUUAGGGACCAGGUAGCAUUAUGUAAAUAAAAGUUUGCUAACUGGCUUUACCAGCUUUUAUUCAGUGUUAGCUGAUUGAUUAUUUGGAUAAAAUGUCUCAUUAAGACAAAGAGGAAGAACAUUGCUAAUGGCCCUGUUUCCUUCACCAUUGCCUUAUGUUGUGUUAAAUUAUGUGUUUAAAAAAAAAAAACUUUGGGAAUACCUCCUUUACAAGUUCAUUUGCUGGCUUAUUUUCCAUUAAACCACUGGAAUUCUUGAAAAAGGUUUGCUUGUGAACUUGUAGCGUCUCUCUGAGACCUGAGCCGAAUGAAAAGACAACCUCCUCAAAAUACAGCUGUUUCAUUGAACUCUCUUCAGGGCACUGGUGUUUGCUUUUUUUGGCCUGCUGUUAUGUGGAAAAGUAAAUUAUACUUAGCAUUUUUGUUUUUUGUAUGUAGAUGUAUAUAUGCUUAUGUGCCUUUUUCAUCAUUUUAAUGACUUCUGUCUUGUGCCAUGUUAUGAUGCCAAAGGUGUUGUCACUAUUUUCAAGUGUGGUCAAGUUAUUCAUGUACUGUAACAUUUCAUACAUAGCGUGCAUACUGCAAAGUGCUGACUGUGAUACCAUUUUUCACCUGUAAAAAGUUUUUAACAUUAUGGGAUAACACAGAAACUGUGUUGCAACAUGCUCAGUUUUAAUGCACAAUAUCAGACAUGUCAUUUCUUCUUAACCUCAAAUGAAGCAAAGCACUUUUUUGUUUUACAACACUGGAGAAGCAGUGUUCCUAGACAGUGGUGUACGACUAGUGAAAAGUCAGUUACAUGUGUUAUUCAGUGCUCUACAAGCAGAAAUGUUCCUGUAUUUCUGAAACAUUACAAUCAGUGAAAUGAUUUUGUGAUGACUCUCUUCAGUACUGUAAUUAAGGUUUUGUUUUUUUACUUACUGUAACUGAUUUUCAUACCUAUGUAUGAAGCUGUGAAAAACCACUACUUGAAGCCUAUAGAUAUUUGAGAAGUGUUUUCAAAAACAAUAAAAUAAUGCUGCAGUAAGACUUUCCCCCCCAAUCUAGUUUCAUUUGAACAUAUUUCUUGAUGUUUAACAAGCAGUAAGCCACAUUAAUAAAUAUUUUGUAUGAGCGUUUGGAUUGA